AAAAGAUGGCGGCUACCAGGAAGAGGUGGGAUCGGGAGCUGGUGACAUUACAUUAAUGAUUGUUGUGUGAGUGAGGAGUGAGUGAGUGAGUGAAUGGGAGACUGCUGCAGUAUUUCUGCUCUCAGUGUGCAAGUGGGUGAGAGCCGGCCCGAUGAGUGGUGUUGAAAGUGGUAGCGAGAGGUGCUUAUCCUCAGCCCCGGCCAGGAGGCUGCUGCUAUUGCUGCUGACUGUGUCCAGCCUGGGGCUGCGGAUGGUGGCGGCGAUGGAGAAGGAAGAGAAACGCCAACUCAGGGAUCAAGUAUUGGAGAUGUUUGAUCAUGCAUAUCAAAAUUACAUGGAACAUGCAUACCCAGCUGAUGAGCUAAUGCCUCUGACAUGCCGCGGCCGUGUUCGUGGCUUGGAACCCAGUCGUGGUGAUGUGGAUGAUGCCCUCGGCAAAUUUUCUUUGACUUUGGUUGACACUUUGGAUACACUUGCACUGCUGAACCAAGUGGAAGAAUUUGAAGCCGCUGUGAAAAGGGUUAUAAAUGAUGUUCACUUGGAUAAUGAUAUUGUUGUCUCGGUCUUUGAGACUAAUAUAAGAGUGCUAGGAGGUUUGCUGGGAGGUCAUGCGAUGGCUACAAUACUGAAAGAGCAAAGUGAGCAGAUGCAGUGGUAUAAUGAUGAGCUUCUAUACAUGGCAAAGGAACUUGGGUACAGGUUGCUACCAGCAUUCAACACCACCAGUGGACUUCCAUACCCCAGGGUCAAUCUGAAGUAUGGAGUGAGACAACCGCAAGCCAGAACGGGUACAGAAACAGACACCUGUACAGCCUGCGCAGGGACUCUUAUUCUGGAGUUUGCAGCUCUGAGCAGACUUUCUGGAGACCCAAUUUUUGAGCAACAUGCUCGGAAGGCCUUAGACUUCUUGUGGGAAAGGCGGCAGCGCAACAGCAACCUAGUGGGAACAACCAUCAACAUCCACACUGGAGACUGGGUCCGCAGAGAUAGUGGAGUUGGAGCUGGAAUUGAUUCUUAUUAUGAAUAUCUCUUCAAAGCAUACAUUCUGCUUGGUGAUGAUGGCUAUCUGCAGAGAUUCAACACUCACUAUGCAGCCAUCAUGAAGUAUAUAAGCCAACCUCCUCUCCUUCUCGAUGUCCACAUACAUAAGCCACUGCUAAAUGCACGGACAUGGAUGGAUGCUUUGUUAGCUUUCUUCCCAGGCCUGCAGGUUUUAAAAGGAGAUAUACGUCCAGCUAUAGAAACUCAUGAGAUGUUAUAUCAAGUGACAAAAAAGCACAACUUCCUUCCAGAGGCUUUUACCACUGAUUUUAGAGUUCACUGGGCCCAACACCCUCUCCGACCUGAAUUUGCUGAGAGUACCUAUUUCCUAUAUAAGGCGACAGGGGAUAAAUAUUACCUGGAGGUGGGAAAGAGUAUCAUUGAGAACCUGAAUAAGUAUGCCCGUGUACCAUGUGGCUUUGCAGCAAUGAAAGAUGUUCGUACAGGAAGCCAUGAAGACAGAAUGGAUUCCUUUUUCUUGGCUGAAAUGUUCAAAUACCUGUUCCUUCUUUUUGCUGAGAAAGAGGAUGUUCUGUUCGAUGUUGAGGAUUAUAUCUUUACCACUGAGGCCCACCUGUUGCCACUUUGGCUUUCUACCAACUUCACCAAGGAUAAGAAAAAUGAGACAACAAACUAUGUAGUUUUGGAUGACAGCAACUUUGAUUGGUCAUGCCCUAAUACACAAGUUCUGUUCCCAAAUGAUCCUUCUUACGCCGACAGCAUUCGUGAGCCCUUUAAAAAUGUGGUGGACAAAACUUGCCCAAAGACCAGCACUCGACAGGAGGUAGGUGGCGAUGGUCCUGGGGUCAGGUCACAUCUGAGGGCCAGAGAUUUUAUGGCGAACAAUCCUGAACACCUUGAGUUACUGAAGAAAAUGGGAGUCAGCCUAAUUCACCUCAAAGAUGGCAGAGUCCAGUUGGUUCAGCAUGCAAACCAGGCAGCAAGUGCACACGAUGCAGAGGAUGGUCUGCGUUUCAUGCAGGAGAUGAUUGAAUUAUCUAGUCAGCAGCAGAAGGAGCAGCUGCCACCUCGGGCUGUCCAAAUUGUCUCCCCUCCAUUCCUCGGCCGAGUGGUACUCACAGCUGGACCAGCACAGUUUGGGACAGAGCUUUCCAAAAUUACUAGUGGGGUACGAGGUUAUGUUGCAAAGAGUGAGCCCUACAAUGGUUGUUCAGAAGUAACAAAUCCCGAAGCAAUAAAGGGAAAAAUUGCCCUGAUGCAACGAGGUCACUGCAUGUUUGCUGAGAAAGCACGGAAUGCACAGAAAGCUGGGGCGAUAGGGGGCAUUGUUAUUGAUGACAAUGAAGGAAGUAGCAGUGACACGGCCCCCCUCUUCCAGAUGGCUGGCGAUGGAAAGAACACUGACGACGUUACAAUCCCAAUGCUUUUCCUCUUCAAUAAGGAAGGAAAUAUCAUCAUUGAUGCUAUGCGGGAAUAUCAGGAAGUAGAAGUGCUGCUCUCAGAUAAAGCAAAAGAUAGAGCCACAAUUAUUAAAGAUCCGGAUAUGGAAGAAUUGGAACAAAAUUCUGAAGAUGAUUUGCAGUCCAGAGAGCCGAGUUCAACUACUUUUGAAUGUCAGAGUGAAGCAGUAUCUUACAUUAAAAUCCCAAGCGAUGAGAAAGCUGAUGAAUCAGUGAGCGAGGAUGAUGCCAGUGAUCAGUUAAUCAUGCCUGGUGCAAAGAUACAACUAAGUAAUGAAAUUCUGGAUAUGUUGAGUGGUUCUGAUCAGAAUCCAGGUAACACACCUACAGAUGCAUCCUCAGAUACUGCUGAUGUCAAAGAUCAGGACAUGCAAAGGACAGAUUGUCAAGAGAGCUCUGAAGAUGGACGGGAACCAUGUGCUCAGUUAUCAGAUCAGGUAAAGGAAGGGGCUGAUAAUGAGGUGGAGACAGAGCAGGAAUCCAAUCCAAAUAUUAGUCAAGAGACAGAGGCUCGAACAAUAGACUCCUUGUUAUCAGACUGGAAGGAAGAGAUAGACGCCUUUGAAAUGAUGGAUAAAGAUGAGCUAUGACGAUGAUUAUACAUUUGUACAAUGGGAUUUUGCUCCAUUUCCCUCCAAUGAACUGGUGAAAUUGUGCACUGUGGCAUUCCCUGAUCAAUUGGAAGAAUAUGCCGAUCUGUCUUUUUGAUUUGUUGCAAAUUUUAGAAGUGGAGAGAAUAUCCUCAACAUACUGAUCAUCUUUUCUAACUGUUUAAUCUGAAGAUACCUGUCAGAUAAAUGGUUUUCCUGAAUCAGCAUGCCUCAGACUGUGAGAAAUGUGCCAGGGUUGAGAGAACUUGUGUUGCAUUAUUUUCUACCUUCCCUACUUUUCCCAUUCAUUUGCACACUCCUUCACUCUAAUCUUAUUGUGUUACUGCAGGUUUUAAAACACCACAAUUCUGUUGCAUUUAUCCAUUGUAUGGGUACAACCAGAUUAAAGCACCAGAUUGUUUUUUUUUUUGGUAAUUACUGAAAUAUGAUUUUAGCUUCUAUUUUGUUUUUCUAACAGAUUGAAAGUAUUUCUUUACAGGACUGCCUCCAGCAGUGAAACUUAUUAUCAAGUGUUUUCAGUACUAUCCCAACUAAAUGAGGGAAAAAAUGAAGGAUUUGGUGUUGUCAGAAACUGAAAAAAAAUGAACAAACUUGAUUUUUACUUUGCUCUGUCUUGAUUGUCCAUGUUCCUCCAUCACACUUCUUAACCUUUUUAAUAUGGGGCAGUGAUAACACCCAGUCAGUGCAGGCGUUCAAACCAAUGACUACCACAGUGGCAUUGAUCUUACGCAUUCUCAAGUGGACAGAAAUCUGGUCAAUUUGCUAGAACCAUCAGCCCAAUAACUGUUGACUGAAUAAUUCUCCUGUUGAAUCCACAUCUAGUUACAGCUUUGAUAUCAGAUGAUAGGUUGGUUAAUCUCAUAAAAGCUUCUGGGUAACAGGUGGCAGCUCUUCUAUAUUGGUUAAUACUACAAACAAAACUAGUUUGUAAGACCAUUUUAGUUUAAAUUUAUAAGAAAACAUAGUGUUUUUUAUGUUUUAUAAAAAAUAGUUGAAUUGUGUAAGGCUAGGAGUUAGCAAUGGAAUAUUAUCUUAGACCAGUAGUUUGGGGAAGCCAACACUGUCACGUACAAACAGCAGCAAACCUAAUGUUUGUGAACUUCUUAAUAGAUCACAACAUUAUAGAUAGUGUGCAGUUUGCAAGAAUAUUUACCUUCCAGAGACUUCCUCUGCAAUUUGAGCUGAGCUUAAAUGUUCAAGAUAUUUUACCUGUUGAAUAUUUUCUCCAAAACGCAUUAAUUGCAGAUUGAUAGAACUUUAAAUGCUUCUUUUUUCUGUCUGAUUCAAUGGAAUUCCAUGAGUAACAGUUGUCAUUAGCCCUAUUAUUCUAAUAGAUGAGGGAUGUUGAGCCAUGAAGUAAAUGGUUCAUUGGCACCACUUUUGAUUCCCUUUAAAGUGAUGCAACCCUCUCCCAAAUCUAGAAAUAAUUAGUUGAUGAACAUGUGGAAUUGUUCAAUUUAUGCUCCCAUUAAGUGCCUUGCAAUAUUUUACUAAGUUAAAAUUCACUCUAUAAAUAGAAGUUGGUGUUAAACUCGCAAAAUAAGUGGAAGUUGGUGUUAAUUGUUCUUUUACUAUGUUUUUGGAUAACAUAGUUUGGUUGAUGAGCGUGCAGCCUAGCAUGCUAUUGUGUAAUGUAGGCUAGAUUCUGUUUGUGUUGCUGAACCAGUGACGUUCAGUUGCAAUAUUACAAUUGAUCUCAUUGUCACUAGAUUAGCAAAAGGAAAUGUAAGUCAGUGUGCCCUUCUAUUACAUAAGCAGAAGUUUUGUGCCUUGAUCUAUUAGGUUUCUCAAUUGAUUGCUUGACCAAGGCAACUUAGAGAUUCAAUGGCCGCAAUACUUCUUGGCUGUGACUGGGUGCGUGUAAGAAUUAGUAAUUUGCUAAGAUGUUAGAAACUAGACAACGGUUGCCAGAUUGUAUCCCCAACAAUGUGUGAAGCAAGACAGAUUCUUUUGAAAAGGCACAGUUGUUUCAUGGAUCUAAUUUUCUUCUCUAACAAAUUAGUUUACUGAUAUGCUGUGUUCUUGUAUGUUAGUGUACUCUGUAACCUCUGUUACCCUGUGCAAAUAGUUCAACUGUGGGGCAAAAUAAACCCUUUGGUAGAAAAUCCCUGCAAGUUAAAUUUCAUUUUGAGCAGUUGCUCGUUGUAGGAGAAUGUUGGACAUUUUCAAGAGUGGUGAAUAUUUGGAAUUCAGUUUUAAAUAUUGAAUGUGAUUGAUAUGGAAAAUAUUGUUUCCUGAUGUUUCAUUUGUAAUGUUGUGUCUUUAAGUCAUGUAGUGUACAUUAAGAUCUUUUGGGAUAGGCAGUGUAAAUCACUUAUGGACUGAACCCUCUUUGCACAUGGCAAAAAAUGCACAUUCUUAUAAAUAAGUGUAAAUCGCACACUAUCAAAUGGAGAUAUUUUCUUUACUUUUUGUGUAUUCAAAACCUGUACUUGUGUCAGGUUGAAGAAAUGCUCCCAGUUCUCAAAGGGUAAAACUGCCAAGGAUCUUUAGGUUCUUUUGUCACAAUGGAUUUGAUAGUCUGUAUGGCAUUAUUUUUCAAUAUUAAUGAUUAUUUCCAUAAAACAUAAUUUGUAAGCCUUCUCAGUGUCCAACUAUGGUGUAUAUUACUGGUCAUUAUUAUAUAACAUAAUAAUUGAUGUUGACAAAUUUUGAAAACUGUUUAAUUCCAUAGUUAUGUUAUAAUUUGAGCAGGUAUCCUGCAGAUAUAGAGAGCUUUUGCCUAGAUGCUGCUGAAUGUAGGAGGUAUACAGAUAGUUGUUACUUUGCUGACCCAAAUAUUACAAUUAUUAGAAAAUUAUUAGGAAGUGUUUUUUUUAAUUAUUGUUAAAGUUACCUAUAUCACUAUGGUCCAGAUUGACGGAACCGGCUGGUGGCCUAGUGGCAUCAGUGCCGGAUUUUGGGACGAAAGGUCCUGAGUUCAAAUCCAGCCAGCUCCCCUGCACGCUUUCCAUCUAUGCUGGGUUACGAGCUGGUGAUCUCUUUGGAAACUCACCCAGCAGAAGGCAAUGGCAAACCACUGCUGUAACUUGCCUUGUAUGCGGUUCCCCACUACGUCAAAGAGGCGUGGAGGGAAAUAUCGUCCGCUAACCGGAGAAACUCCGGAUGCGACAUACUUUUCCUUUUUCCAGAUUGAUGAACUCUUAAGUGCAUCUGCAAUAUUAAAUUGCUUAACCAUUUACUAUGGCAAAAGUAGGCACUAAAAACCCUUUUUAUUUUAAUUGGAAGGGAAGGAUCAGUAAACAAUUUUACUCUUUCUGUAUGACUUUAUGGUGAAGUAGUAUGAAGAUGUGUUCCUGUAUUUUGAGCAGGAUACAGAGCACACAACAGCUAUGUUUAUUCUUUUCAUGAUCUGUCAUAUUGACUGAGUGAUUACAAAACAGCUAAGUGUUAUCUGUUAUCAUGUCCAUUCUCAACUACAAGCGUUUCAAAGGAUAUAGGAUUAUUUUCUAGGUCUAAAUGUAACAGAGGAUCUCUAUUGAACUUUCAAACCAAGAAACCCAAAUAAAUGAAGGGAAUUUACCAGCCCUGUAUGAAACAAAAAAUGCUGAAAAACAUUUUGCAGAUCAGCCAAUAAAUAUGGGGUUGGAAGAGAAGCCACUGACAUUUUAAAGCUGGCAUUGCUUUGUGCAGCAUCAGCUAUUACAACCUCCCACCAACACUGUCCAACCUGCUGAGUAUUUCCAAUAUUUUUUAGAUGUCCAACAACGAGGAUUUUACUCAUUUGUAGGUUGCAAUUGGUGAUAACACUGUAGCCCGCCAAAGUAGAGAAGACUGGACAAUUCCCCUGUCAAAUAGGCAUGGGGACAACACUGUUUUAAGUGACGAGUGUAAUGCAUGUAACUUAUGUCCAAAAAAUCUUUCACUCAGUGCAUUUUUCUAGGGGAAAUUAUCUUUGUUUUACUGGGAGACAUUUCUGUAGUAUUUGUUCCUUGUUCUCAUUUAGUGAGAACAUUGAUCUUUCUUGGUUUUCAAUGGACACUUUGAUUUGUGUCAUAUGGUCUAUCCACCUCCAACGCAUUGGCUGAUGCACUGUUGCCAAGACUCAUUAGAUUAUUGAUUUUGACGUCCUGUGGGUGGUGCGGCACUGAGCUGCAUCAUGUCACAAAGGUUUAAGAUCAGAUGGGAAAUGUCAGUUUCAUGUUAAAAUAAAAACAUGCAAAAAAUAAGGUAUCCAAAAUAUACAAUUUAUUUUUUAAGGGAAAGAAACUUUAGCAUAGUACUGA